ACGACGGCAGAUUGGGGGUGGGUACGGCGGGAAAGCCUCCGCGGCGCGAGUCGGCGCCGUUACGGGCCGGGGGAGCCGAGUGGGCGUGCGAGGUCUCGCGUGGAGGAGCUUCCCCAUGUCUCCGCCCCCCCAGCCUCAGUCUCGGCUCGGAGCGGGGGCGGGCCUCUCGCCCCCUCCCCGCUUGCCGGGCUGUGCUGUGGCCCAAGUCCAAGUUGAAGGGCAGCAGUCGAAGGAACCAGGCCUCAGUUAGGGGAAGUGUGUGCGGGGCUACCAGCCUCAGUCUCCCGACAUGGAGUGGACUCUGUGGUUCUGGCUUGGGGGAGCUGCUACCUUCCACAUUUCCAUGGACCCCUCUCCGGUGCUGGUCUCCCUAGGGUCAGAUGUGCUCCUGCAGUGCAUUUUCCCUGCAGUGGGUAAGGACAUGCCAACUCCCACUGUGUUCUGGCACCAUGGCCAGUGGCGCCUGGCAGAAUAUGAUGGGAUCUUAGUGACCCAGCGCCCAGGCACAGAGCUACCAGAAAGUGCAGAGGGCCUGCGGAAGGGCAAUGCUUCCCUUCUGCUCCGUCGUGUGGCUAUGGCAGAUCUGGGCUCUUACUACUGUACUGUGACAGUUGGGGAACAGCAGGCAGAAGCUGGAGUCCUUCUGGAGAUUUCAGGAUCCGACCUGCAGAUCUACACAGAGCCUGAUUCUUGGGUGACUAUGGGCUCUUCAGCACUGCUCAAAUGUCGCUUCAGCAUAGGGGAUGUAAUUGAAUUGAGUUCACUCACAAUACGUUGGUAUGCCCCAGGGGGACGAAUUGUAGCCCAGUUUCCACCAAAGGAGGAGGAGGAGGAGGAAGAGAAUGAUGUGGGUGAAGGGCCUGGGGGGCUAACAACCUUAGGCUCUUUUUCUGAGGCAGACCUGCUUUUGGGCAAUGCCUCCCUGACAAUACUCAGAGCCCAGCCUAAGGAUGCAGGACUCUACAGCUGCAGUGUGGGAUAUGGAGGUGAGGAACGGCACAGUGAGAGCCUCUUCAGUGUCAUUGCUGCCCCCCACAUCUCCUUGUUUCCAGUCCAAGUCUCUCUAGGAGAGAAGACUACCCUGCUGUGCCAGAUCAAAGGUUUCUACCCUGCAAGGGGCCUUCAGGCCUGGUGGCUACGGAAUGGUCAGAAGCUACCAGAGGCCAUCUCUAUGGGGUCCCCCACACAAAACCCUGAUGGUACAUUUGAUUUGGAGCUGAUCUUAAAUUUGACCCUGGAGUCCCAUGAUCUAGAAGCCAACUUUACCUGUCAUGUGACUCAUCCUGCUCUGGAACAUCCUCUGCAACAGAUAUUAGACAUGAAAGUCAAAGAAGAAAAGUGGUGGGAAGAUGUUCAGAGCAACAAUAGGCCAUUAAUUAGCAGCAUCCUGAUCACCACCUUGGGUGUUACUGUUAUAGGUUUUGCCAUCAUCCACAGCUUGAGGAGGAACAGAGGCCUAGAGGAAGAAGAGCAGGAGCAGGGAGAAGUCCGGACAGCGACAGAUGGAGAGGACAGGGAGCAACCUCAAGAAACAUCUGACUUCCAGUCCCCUGGAAGAAACUGGGAGGUGGAGAAAUUAUUACCAAGGGAUCAUACUGAGUCUGAGGGAGAGAUCCUUCAGGGAGACAGAAAAGCUGGAUUCCUACAGGGCUAUAGAAAGACUGUUGGGUUGAUGGAAGUGAGGUAUUCGAGGAUCAAGAGACAAAUCAUUGUAGAAUGUAGAGAAACUGAGGAGGAUAAGAUCCUUGUAUUAGAGGGUACUAGGGAGGGCCAGGUCUUAGAAGAAAAAGGUGAAAGUAAAGUUCAGAACCUAAAAGGAGAUGGAGAGAGCGAGGGUCGAGUUCUGGAAGAAUUUGAAGUGGAUACUGAGACACAGUUUCAGGAGGCUAAAGCAAUAAGAGCUGAAGGCAAUAUCAUAAAAGGCAAUAGAGAGCUAGAGGUUCACAAGAGAAAUAAAGAAGCCACUGAAAAACAGAAUGGUGAAGGACAGACUGAGAAAAGGGAUGCUGAAAGACAGACCCAAAGAGGGAGGGAUAAUGGACUGACUCAGGGAGGAGCUAGAGAAGGACUGACCCAGGGAGGGGAUAGUGAAGGACAGAUCCAGGGAGGGGAUAGUGAAGGACAGACCCAGGGAGGGGAUAGUGAAGGACAGAUCCAGGGAGGGGAUAAUGAAGGACAGACCCAGAGAGGGGACAGCGAAGGAUUGACCCAAGGAGAAGACAGCAAAGGACUGAUAAGGGGAGGGGAUAGCGAAGGACUGACCCAGGGAGGGGACGCUGAAGGACUGACCCAGGGAGGAGACGCUGAAGGACUGACCCAGGGAGGGGAUGGCGAAGGACUGACCCAAGGAGGGGAUAGCGAAGAAUUGACCCAAGGAGGGGAUAGCGAAGAACUGACCCAAGGAGGGGAUAGCGAAGAACUGACCCAAGGAGGGGAUGGCAAAGGACUGACCCAAGGAGGGGAUAGCAAAGAACUGACCCAAGGAGGGGAUAGCGAAGGACUGACCCGGGGAGGGGAUAGCGAAAGACUGAUUCAUGAAGGGAACAGCGAAAGACUGACCCAGGGAGGGGAUAGCGAAGGACUGACCCGGGAAGGGGAUAGCAAAGGACUGACCCAGGGAGGGGAUAGCAAAGGACUGACACAGGGAAGGGAUAGCGAAGGACUGACCCGGGGAGGGGGUAGCGAAGGACUGACCCGGGGAGGGGAUAGCGAAGGACUGACCCGGGGAGGGAAUAGCGAAGGACUGACCCGGGGAGGGGAUAGCGAAAGACUGACCCAUGGAGGGGAAAGCGAAAGACUGACCCAGGAAGGGGAUAGUGAAGGACAGAUCCAAGGAGGGGAUUCUGAAGAAGAAAUCCCCAGAAGGGAUGCUCAAGUGCAAGUCCACCUAGGGGAUGAGGAAGCCAUUAAAGGACUUGUCUUUAAAGAAGUUGGAAGAAAUGGAACAAGACGAAUAGCAGGGGAAGGAGAGGCCAUGGAACAAAUCCCAAGUGGGUAUGAAAGGAUUGAGGGAUGGACAGCAAGUGGGAAGAUUGAUACUCAGUCAUUGAGGAUAGAUGAGGAUCUUUCAGAACAGUCCCCAGGGGCAAUUGGAGACAGAGGUUCUUCCCAAAGACGAAGACAUUGUCUAACUCCAGGGAUAGAUGGAGAGAUCAGAGGGGCAGAAAAAUAAGGGGGCAGAAACAGUCAAGGGAAUAAUAUAAAGAAAAGUUCAUCUCCUGUGCCUCCUGAUUUUGUGACCAUAAGUUCCAGAUAAAUUGAUCUGUAUGGCCAUCUUUGAUCUUUUGAGCUUCUAAUGAUGUUAACAAAGCAGAUUAUUGGGAUAAGGGUGGCAUGGGGGAGAUUAUCAGUUUGGGUUUUUGAACAAAAUAGAUAAAAUGCCUAUAAUGUGCUCUCGUUUCUUUCUGGAAGAGGAAAAAUGAGAGAAUAUGUUGCUCAGUUUGGGAAGGAUUUCAACAAUAGAUCAGAGAAACCUUUGAAAAAAGGGGUGAAAGGCUAUGCAAAAAAAGAAAGCUAGAAUUGAGAUUAUAGAACCCUGGCACAUAAGUUACAGGAAAAAUAUCAUAGAGAAUAGAUAAAAAGCUUUUCAUCAGGUGACUUUAGGGAACUGAAACAGCCUACUGUCUCAGGCCACAGAUUGAGGGAUUUGGGGACUGAAUGUAAUUAUUGAAGGAAAACUUUAGGAAAUGUCCCCAGUUCAUGGUAAUUUUGUACAUAGUAAUUAACAUUUCAGUUUUUCUAGCCACUUUUUAUUUAGAUCAUAUGAAGGAGAUGGUUCCAUUAUAUUUUACAUGAAUUUGAAGUUCAUUCUAGCACUGUUCCUGCCUGAUUGCUUCAGAUACAUUUGUUCAUAAUUUAGUAUGAAUGGUGUAGGGUUUUGCUGAACAAUAAUUUGUUCCACUCAUUAUUUUCACAAGUUUAAAACUGUUCACUUUAUUUAUUAUCAAUAGUAGUAACUUAGUAAGUAUAAUGACAGUGAUUUACCUCACCACCUUCCCUGGGGCUUUGUGUGAUGUUCCUAUUCAAGUUAUUCAUGAAAGGCACAUUCAAGAAAUGUUAUGUUAGUUAGAAUGAAGGAGGGAUGAAUGGGGAAAAACCAGCUUAGAGGCCCUACUUCCUAACCUCUAGUAUUCAUUGUAGUUGAAUAGAAAGGGAUUCAAAUGCCAACAAAAAUACUUUUCCACAACCUAUCUUACAGAUUGUCCUCCAGUAUUUGUAUGAUAUCAAAAGACGAAAAGCCCAUUACCUCCCAAGGUAGACCAUCAUGAAUUCUCACAGUUAAGGUUUUCUUAUAUCAAACAUAAAUCUGCCACUGCUAUCCAUCUCUGCUUUAAGUAUUAUCCAGUACUUCCAUGUGACUCCCAUCAAGAUACUUCAUAACAACUUACAUCCAUCUGUCUUAUGAUUUACACCUUCCUAGCUCUUUCAGAUAGUCUUCAUGAUCUUAAGAUUACUGUCCAGAUGUCCUGCCCCUCUUUGGUCCUGGUACAAGGCCUCUCAUUACAGCUUUAGAGAUCCCAUUAGGUUUUAUUUGUUUGCCAUAUCACACUGUUGAUUCUUAUUGAACUUGCAAUUUACUAAAGCACCUAGAUCUUUUUCAAAACAAUUGCUAUAUUUCUCUCUUGGAUUUGAAGAUUUGAUGUUUUUAACCCAAGUAUGAAGCUUUAUAUUUAUCCCUUUUAAAUUUCAUCUUAUUAGAUCAGGGCUUCUUUACCUCUUUUGCAUUGUAGAUCCCUUGGCAUUCUGGUGAAGCCUAUGUAUGGACCCCUUCUCAGAUUAAUGUUUUUAAAUGCAUAAAACAAAAAGUAUAAGAUUACAAAGAAAAUCAGUUACAAUACAUUUAUCCAAAAAAUUUUUUUAAAGUUCACAGAACUCUAAUAAAGAAUUAAUAAUUAUGGGAUCAUAUUUAACCCAGUAUUCUAAUCUAAGAUUUUAUUUGGGAUCCUGAAUUUGUUAGGCCUAAAAGCUAUCACACUCCACUUUGUCACAUGUAAAUUCAAUAAGCAUGCUAUCUAUACCUUUAUCCAAAAUGAAAAUAUUAAACAACAUAGGACUAAUCACAACUCUCUGGGACACUUGAGCUCUUUUCCCAAGUUAACACUGAACUAUUAUUACUUUUUGGUUCUAGUCAGUCAGCUAGUCCUCAAUCCAUCCAACUACAUAUCAUCUAGUUCAUAUUUCUUUACCUUGUCCAUAAAAAUAUCAUGAUAAUAUAUUUCCAAAUAUUUUGCUAAAAUCAGAUAUAUGUUGUAAUAUAUUCUCUUAUCUUUACCCUUCUAGUUACCCUAUUAGAAAAAGAAAUGUUUAGUCUCUUUUUACCUGUUUUCAAUGACAUCAUGCUGACACUUUGUGAAUCGUUGAUUUCUAGAUAUUAAUUAUCUUUUAGAUACCAUGUUCUAGAUUUUAACAGGAAUUGAAAUAAGAUUCAUUGGCUUAUCUCUUCAUAUUUCCACUCUGUUCCCCUUGUUGUCCAUCUCCAGUCUUGUAGCACUUCUGUCAAUCAUAUUGUCUGCUUGGUCCUCACUUUCCUCAUCCAUUUGUGUGGAAUUGGGAUGAAUUUAGAUGAUAAUCUGUCUCUUCCAAUUCUAAACUGAUUAAUCUAAAACGUCUAAUUCAAAUCGCAAACUCCUAAAAUAUCUAAUUGCAAAAUUCAAAUUGUGUAAAAAAAAAAAAAAAUAUGGGGAUUGCCUGUUUGCCUCAGUCUUCUAAUUGUUUCCAGUUCCUUUAUCUCUGGAUAUGACUGUUGCUUUCAUAUGUAACUAUCUAGGGAAGGCACAUUUGUAUAUAACCAUAUUGUUGCCUACCUUGCUGUGAUCACUCUCCCUUCUAGCUUUCAAGAUUAGCAUACUUAGAAGUGUAUAUGGGUUGAAGUUGUAAAACACUUUGUAAACCAUAAAAUGAGUUAUUACCCCACUACCUUAAACCUUUUGGUAGAAAGAUGCUAAAAGCUUCUUUAGUGUAUACUUAUUCAUACUUCAUUCCUUCACUCUUUCUGACCCUGUAUCAGUACAUAAAGAUGGGCCUUAAAGUUAAAACAUGAAGGGAGCGUCCAGUGCUCCCCUAACUCAAUUUAUAACUAAGGAAUCACAAAGUUCUCAAUAUACUUGUAGUUCCUGCUUUAUUCCCUUUCCACAUUGUCUUCAUUUCUUUGGUAUGAGAGAGUCUUCUGAUUUUACUAAGAAAAGACCGGGAGGACAGAGUAACAAAGCAUAGGAAACUUGUGGAUUUCUUUUAAUGAGCCUAAACUGGAGCAAGCAGCCUUCAUAAGCUUUUUUCCCCUACCUCCAGAACCUUGAUCACUUGACUGGUGGGUCUUAUUCCAUCACUUGAGAAAAGAAAACUGGGAAACAGAUGUAUGAAAUUGUCCUAACUGCCUAUUAACCAGUAAUUCCAAGAGAGAAAUACUUCACCCGUUUUUCCAUUGGAGCUGUUAAUAAAGGAACAAAACUUUUUUAAAAAUA